AAAGGCGUCUCAAGGAAAAGUCUUCGAUUGGAAUUUGGACUGCUCACUGCUUCCGCCCAGCGCUGUAUAAAGGUUGCAAUGUCUGACAGCAGUGGUGAUCCAUGUGAAACUACAAGCAGGGAAAGUCCACACCUUGAUGUUGUGAGUCAAGAUGAUCAAGGCAAAGCCCAUGAUAUGAAAUCUAUGGAUCUUAAUGUAGAACAGGAAGGGAACCAAGAGGUACUGCUCAGUGAACUACCAGAGACAGGUCCUAAAGAAGAACAGCAGGAAACAACUGAUGGUGUGACUUACAGACACACUCCCCAGACAUCUCCACCUCAGCAACAUGAGCCAAAUGAAUCCUACGAUACAGUAAAGGAUGCCACAAUCUCUGAAAAUGUUCAGUAUUCAGCAGCAAAGGAAGUUGACAGUGAAAGUAUAGACAUUAACCAGAUUGUCCAGGAAGAGGACGAUACUACUUCAGUUGUGGCCUCUGAAACUGUGGAAUCCUAUGAUACAGUAAAAGAUACCACAAGCACUGAAAAUGUUCAGUAUUCAGUAGAAAAGGAAGUUGGUAAUGAAGGUAUAGAAAUGAACCAAAAUGUCCAGGAAGAGGGAGAUAGUUCUUCAGUUGUGGACUCUGAAGCUGUGCAGGAGGCAAUAGAACAAAAUGCUGAAUUUGUUUUGCCGAGAGGAACAGAACAAAGUGAGGCUGAAUACCCUCUUCCAAGGUCACCAGAGGUGCCUGACCAAAAGGAACAUCUCGAGCUUAAAGUUAAAAUAGGAGAAUCACCAGGUGUGGAAGAUGUGGAAGCGGAGCAAGAAGCUGUUGAAGAAAAAGCAAUCGAUAGUCUCACAGUCAGAAUUAACGAAAGUAUCGAAGGGGGAGAGUCUUUAGUUUACACUGCAACCCCUAGGACUUUGUUUGAAGAGGAAAGUUUCACUUCAUCUGACAAACCUCUAAACCUGUCUUGGUCAUUUGGUAUGAACAAAAACAUUCCAGUCUUCAAUCUUCAUGAUGAGGAUCACCAAGUAAUCGUGUAUGCUUGUGCUCAGACUGCUGUUAUCCAUGACUUGUUACUGAAUCGCCAGCGCCACUUGCAGGCUCAUUGCACCAGCAUUUCAUGUAUGUGUGUGAGUGGAGACAGAAGAUGGAUUGCUACAGCCGACCGAGGACCAGAAAGUCUUAUUAUUAUAUGGGAUUCAUUUUCAGGGAUCCCUGUCCAUACAAUUUUCCAUAGUCAUCCAGAAGGUGGAGUGAUAGCGAUCACGAUGUCUCAGAAUGCAAAGUAUCUGGCAACUGUUGGAGGUGGAACAAUUCAGACAGUUUCCAUAUGGGACUGGACCACGGCUGCUGUGGAACCAAUUUGCACUGCAGAACUUGAUGAAGAGUUUGGGACACAGAAUUACAUCACAUUUAAUCCUCAAGAUCAUACUCAGUUAAUCACCAACAGUGAAACACAAGUAAUCUUUUAUUUAUGGAAUGAAUCCGGUUUGGAUUAUCUAACUCCUCCACUGAAUGACAAAACAUUUAACAAACUUGUUGGAAAUUUUAGCCAAUCGGUUUUUGAUUUUGGUUCUGUGAGAGCCCUUACAGGAACCUCAGCGGGAAAAUUGGCUAUCUGGGAGACUAUCAUUCCGAAAUCUGCAAAGGAAAUAUCUACAGUAACACCACACAAUAAGAAGGCUUUAAAGCUGAUGCAUGUGCAGAAAGAUGGCAUUACUGUGCUCACUAUUCAUGACAGAUAUUUUGUAACUGGGGAUAUCCGGGGUCAUGUGAAAUUCUAUGAUCAGAGACUGCAGCUUGUGAACUGGUACAGUGACUUUAAUCUGGCACCUAUUCGUUCCAUUUCAUUUUCAAAAUGUAACCCUGUACCGGCAACAAGCAAGACAAAAUACCCUCAGGAUUGCUCAAUAGAAGGCAAUCAGUUUUCGAUAAGCAAUUUCAUUGUAUCCACAUCGGAUGCUCUGGUACUGCAUGUGUUCACAGAUGGUACAAUGCUGAAGAAGGUUUUGCAAGAACCUAAUGAACCAGUUCAUGCAUUGGCAUGUCAUCCCUGCAAGCCAUACGUAGCUAUUGGAAGUUAUAAUGGACUUCUCAAAAGCUGGAACUAUGAGGACAAAAACUUCAUUAGCAGGAUCUUUGGCAAAGGCAAACACGUAAACUGUCUUGCAUAUAAUCCUUCAGGAUUUCAUAUGGCAGCUGGCUUCACAGAUGGGAGUGUUCAUAUCCUUGAUUCUGUGACAUUAGAAGAUAUAACUCAGGACCCUUUCAAGUAUGCCAGAGGAUCAAUAACUCACAUCAACUACUCCCACAACUCUCAGUAUCUUGCGACAGCUGACAAAGAGUUCACUGUGACAUUAUUUAAAGUGACAUCCCCCAAGGAUUGGACUGCCUGGGAAUACGUUGGUAGAUACCGCAGCCAUUAUAAACCUAUAACAAGUUUAGUAUUUGCUAUUGAGUUGGAUAGCUAUGAACCGAGACUCCUAUCACUGGGGAUGGAUCGGAUGUUGGUGGAGUAUGAUCUUAAAAACAGCAAAAAAGACAAUCUUCUAGUAAGCAGCACUGACAGAAUUGAACAAAGUGCUGUGCCACAAUACCUGGUCUGGUAUCCACCUGUGACUAAGGAGAGUUUUAUGCUCAUUACGAAUGAUCAAUAUAAAAUGAAACUUUUCAAUGCUACCACAAAAAUGUGCAGAAAAACUCUUCUUGGGCCAACAUUUGGUUCUCCAGUUAGGAAAAUGGAAGUUCUUUCUUCACAUAAUCAUGGCACGGAUAAGGGUUUCCUGGCUUACAUUACAGAUGAUAAGGUAGGGCUUCAGAUUUUACCCAUUGAUGGGAAUCCACACAAGUCAAUGGCUGUCAUUUGUCAUCCGGGUGGAGUGUCUAAUCUUGCUUGCUCUUUUGAUGGUCAAUAUGUGUUUACGUGUGGAGGUGAUGACUGCACAGUGAUGAUGUGGAAAACAAACCUACAAUCUACAGAGGCAAUUGCUUCUCUUGGAGGAAAGGAUUUGAUUCCAUUUUACGGACUGCUUGAAGGAGGACGCGAUGGACAAUUAUUCAAGGAACUGGAGAAUUAUUUCUAUUAUGCGCAGCUGCGUAACCAGGGUAUUGACACAAUGGAGACAAGACAAGUUUCGACACAUAUUCCCUUGAAAGAAGUUCCUUUCAUAAUGCGUGCAUUGGGAUUCUACCCAUCAGAGCAAGAGGUGGAAAAUAUGCUGAAUGAAGUCAAAUUUAGCGAAUAUGUAGAUACAGGAAAACAAGUCACGCACAUCAACCUGGGGGAUUUCAUACAAUUGUACAUAAAUCACAGGCCUGCCUUUGGGCUUUGUAUGAAUGAAAUACAACAUGCUUUCCAAGUGCUUGGCUUUACUAAUGAGAAAGGGGAGCAAUCGAUUAGCAGAGGAGAACUACUAGAGCUACUACAAACAAGAGGUGAGCAUCUGAAGGAAGAUGAGCUUGCAGAGUACCUUAGCACCUUGUUAGGAGUGAAUCCAGAAGGUGGAGGUUUGGAACUAGAAAACUAUGACUAUGCAGGUUCUUCUCAAAUAUUAGAACAAGGGAUCCCAGAAGCAAUCACAGUGGAUGUGUUCUCAGCAGAAAUUCUUGGUUUGCCUGUCUUUACAAUUGAGAAUAGUGAAGAACACUCUGAAACUCCACAGAAGGUCUCAGUUUAGAAGGUUGUAGCCAUUUAUAACGUAGUUCAGUCAUUGCUUAAUUUUAUCACGGGUUAUGUUGAGAUAUCGAUUACUCAUGAUGCUCAUGCAGCCGAAUGACUAAGCAUCAUGCAUUGUCAAGGAUUAGCCAUCACUG